AUGGAAGGAGGACUUUUCUCUGCUCACAAGCCUACUUAUCUUCUUCUUCUCCUUCAUAUUUUCCUGCUUGCUUUGCUUCCAUUCAAGGCCAUUUCAUCACCGAGAACACAGGCAGAAGCUUUGCUAAGUUGGAAGAACACCUUUGAUUCUGCACCACCUUCUCUCAGUUCAUGGUCCCUCACUAACCUCAACAAUCUUUGCAACUGGACUGCCAUUGUUUGUGAACAGAGCAGCAAACAAGUUUCCCAAAUUGACCUCUCCAACUUCAACAUCUCUGCAACACUAACCCAUUUCAACGUCACCCCAUUUCUCAAUCUCACCCAAUUCAACCUCUAUGGCAACAAUUUCACAGGGCCUGUGCCAUCUGCCAUUGGCAACCUCUCCAAGCUCACAACUUUGGACUUGGGCAACAACUUUUUCCAUUAUCAAAUACCUGUGGAGAUAGGCAAGUUAACAGAGCUCAAGUAUCUGAGUUUCUACGGCAACGGGUUUUCUGGUACUAUUCCCUAUCAGCUCAGCAAUCUCCAAAAGGUACAGUUUUUGAUUCUUGGAGGAAUCUACAUAUCAGAAACUCCUGACUGGUCUAAAUUUUCAGGCAUGCCUUCUUUGACAUACCUUGAUUUGUCAAGCCGUCUUGAUUCAGAAUUCCCAGAAUUUGUAUCUAAAUGUUUGAACUUGACAUUCCUGGACUUGUCUGGAAAUGACUUUAUUGGCCAAAUACCACAACAAGUAUUUACCAAUCUGGGCAAGCUUGAAUAUCUCAGUCUCACCAACAACAAUUUCGAAGGGCCAAUUCCAUCCUCUAUAGGCCAACUCAGGGAGCUUAAAUACCUUAAUCUUAGAAGGAAUUCCUUAAACUCUUCAAUCCCUUCUGAGCUUGGUCUUUGUACCAGCCUCACCUACUUGGACCUGACUUCCAAUCACCUUGAAGGGAAAAUUCCGCCUUCUAUAGGCCAACUCAGAGAGCUCCAGCACCUUGAUCUUAGAGAGAAUUCCCUAGCCUCUUCAAUUCCAUUUGAGCUUGGUCUUUGUACCAGCCUCGCCUACUUGGACCUGGCUUACAAUCACCUUGAAGGGAAAAUUCCGCCUACUAUAGGCCAACUCAUAGCGCCCCAGCACCUUGAUCUUAGAGAGAAUUCCUUAAACUCUUCAAUCCCUUCUGAGCUUGGUUUUUGUACCAACCUCACCCACUUGAACCUGACUUCCAAUCUCCUUGAAGGGAAAAUUCCAUCCUCUAUGGGCCAACUCAGGGAGCUUAAAUACCUUGAUCUUCAAAUGAAUUUCUUAAACUCUUCAAUCCCUUCUGAGCUUGGUUUUUGUACCAACCUCACCCACUUGAACCUGACUUCCAAUCACCUUGAAGGGCCAAUUCCAUCCUCCAUAGGCCAACUCAGGGAGCUUAAAUACCUUGAUCUUAGAGAGAAUUCCUUAAACUCUUCAAUCCCUUCUGAGCUUGGUCUUUGUACCAAACUCACCUACUUGGCCCUGUCUUCCAAUCACCUUGAAGGGAAAAUUCCGCCUUCUAUAGGCCAACUCAGAGAGCUCCAGCACCUUGAUCUUAGUAAUAAUUUUUUAAAUUCUUCAAUCCCUUCUGAGCUUGGUUUUUGUCCCAGCCUCACCUACUUGGCCCUGGCUUCCAAUAAACUCAAUGGGGAACUGCCUCUGUCCUUAUCCAAUCUGAACACCAUCACCGAUCUGAGUUUAUUUGCUAAUCGGUUUACUGGUCCACUCUUGCCUUCUCUGCUCUCCAAUUGGACCGAAGUGGUCUCUUUGCAACUUCAACACAACAGCUUUAGUGGGAAUAUUCCACCAGGAAUUGGACUGUCGACAAAACUCAAUGUGCUUUAUCUGAAUGAUAAUUAUUCUCUGCCUCAAUUCCGUCAGAUAUAG